UGACUCGGCAAACGAUACAUCAGUGUAGUCGCUUUUGUUAAGUAGUGAGGUACACAGUAGUAAAACACUCGCACAUCACAUCACAUUAUAUUAUUUAUAUAUCGCAAUAGCAGCGAUAAAAAAUAAUACUUCGCACUCAAACAUUCGACGCAUAAAAUGAUGAGAACACUUGCAGUCUCGUGCCUGUUCUUGGUGGCAGCACAAUCCGUGUACGGACAUCCGACCUCCGAUGAAGUUCCAUUAGCCCCAGCUGCCGAUGAGGCAGUCGGUCUGGAAAAGGUGUACAAAGUUAUGCAGGAUUGCUCCGAGAAGAACAUGGCCACAUGCUUGAAAAUGCGUGCUUUGCAAUACGUCGACCGAGCAUUGCGCAAGUCCGACAGCAUCGACGUAUUCGAAGGAAUAUCGUUGGUUAAGUCCGAACCCGUCGAGUCUAGCCGAGGCUUGAACGGCCGAUCGCUCGCCGAAUCCGAACUCGAAGAGGGACAACCCAAGGACGAUGACGAGAAAGACACCCAAGUCGAGAACCUCCUUUUGGAUCGCGUAGCCCGUUUCUUGGAAAGCCACACCCUUCAACUUAAGGUCCCGGAAUCGUCCAUCUCUGGCAUGAGGAGAUCUCUCGAUGAAGCCCGUGGCAAGAAGAAGAAGCACCAAAAGAUGUUGAUGCCAUUGUUGAUGCUGUUGAAGAUGAAAGCCAUCGCCCUCGUCCCAUUGGCUAUUGGUGCUCUCGCCUUAUUGGCAUUCAAGGCUCUCGUCGUCGGUAAGCUCGCCCUCGUCUUGGCUGUCAUCAUUGGAAUCCAAAAGUUAUUGGCUAACAGCAAGAGCCAACAAUCGUACGAAGUAGUGUCUCACCCACAUUACACCGAGGAACACGGACACCACGGUGGAUACAGACGGUCCCUGGAAGGCGAGCGCGCACAAGACAUGGCGUACCGCGGUCAACACUAAUGCUGCCACCCUUGAAAACCAUCCCCCCUUAGAGGGUACUCCCCGUAGUUAGUAUCACCCUCAUUCCCUUUGCUCCACGUUGCCAUCACUCAAUGGGACGAUAUUUAUUUGUAAAUAAUUCAAAAAAAAUAUUCCCUCCCCCAUAGGAACGAAAUAAUUUAUUUUAAUAUUAAUUAGUGUUUUUUUUUAUAUAUAUAUUUAUACAUCUGAUCGUAUUCUACCGUAAAAUUCACUUUUUUUUUCUUUAUCUCACCCUCACCAUUGAUAACG